AUGGCUUCUUCUCCAAACUGUUUUGUCAUUGUUAUUUUUGCAGUUCUAUUACAAAUUUUAUUUGUUUCUGCAUCAACAAAAUCCAUCGAUGCCAUAUGCCAAAAAGUCACCGACAAAGCCUUUUGUGUCAAAACUUUGAGCGCAUAUCCUCCGGCUGUUUCUGCCACCACCACGUUCCAAGCGUCCCAGGCUGCGCUCAGCCUCAGCAUAUCAUAUGCCGGAAAGCCUGCCGCAUUCGCCGCCAAAGCGGCAAAGGAGAAUCCAAAUUUGAAGAAGCAGUUUGCCGGGUGUCAAAAUGCCUUUAUGACCAUUGUAGCGUCUCUCAGGAGCGCUUCCGGGGAACUCAAGGAGUCACCAGACACUGCAAACUAUGAUGUCAUGGUCUGUAGGGACAGCACGACGAUGGUGAAGAGUCUGGUCGGGAAAAAUGCAGACAUGGCUUCGAAGACGAUCGUGAAUAUGACAUUGAUGAUGGAGAAGAUUCUUGCUAUUGCCGUCGGAGCCAUCGAAGCUGUUGGUGGUUAA